AUGCAAAAGUAUGAAGUAAAUCUUAAGUACCGUCCUGGAAAGAACAUGGAGCUAGCUGAUACCUUAAGUCGUGCGUAUCUGCCCAAUGAGAAACCAUCAAAGGCGGAGUCAUUAGUAGAAGCGAUAAAUACUAGUAUGCUACAAUUCCUGCUAAUUGCACCAAACCGUUUGAAAGACAUUCAGGACGAAACUGCAAAGGAUAAUACCCUGCAAAAUUUAGGCGCAUUCAUCAGAAAUGGGUGGCCAGACUGCAAAACCUUAGUUCCAGAACUCAUAGUUCCCUACUUUGAGAUCAGAGAUGAACUGUCUAUCCAAAAUGGAGUCAUUUUUAAAGGAGACAGAGCAGUUAUUCCACAAGCACUACGCAAGGAUAUGCUAACAAGGAUACAUUCAUCACACCUUGGAAUCGAGGGAUGCCUACGACGAGCCAGGGAAUCUGUGUACUGGCCACAAAUGAACACUGAAGUUAAGGACUUCAUACAAAAAAGUGAAUCAUGCCGCACUUUUGACAACAACCAUGCCCAAGGAAUAGAACCUCUACAACAUCACGAGGUACAGUGGCUGGAACGUUAUUGUUGA